AUGGUCCAGGCUUUGUUUAAGUCCGGAUUUGAGCCCGCGUUUGAUCCUGGGGUCGAGGUCGCAUCACAAACACCCACCGCUGACUCUCCCCAAGCGCCCGGCUCUCUGCGUGUGACAGCGGAUGAGCUCGUCUCAUCUCCCUGCUCUGCCUGCACCUUCCCCGGCUUCUCUCCCUCUCCUCCCCCGUGCUCUCUCCCUCUCCUCCCCCGGGAUUCCGAGGCUUAA